AUGCUUCAAAAACAUUAUAUUGAAGAUUUGUUAUCUUGCUUCAAAUACACGUUUUCAAAGUGUCGCCAGGAUAGCCAGUAUCAAAGUAUUGACGAAUCUGUGACCAAAUGCAAGGGUCGAUCUUCUUUGAAACAAUAUAUGCCCCUCAAACCAACCAAGAGGGGCAUAAAACUAUGGCUUCGCUGCGAUGCAGAUGCGGGCUAUAGUGUGAAUUUGUUACUUACACUAGACUAUGCAGCCUUGGGAACUUACAUGUCCAAUCGCAAGAACGUACCAACUAUGGGAGACAAGCUGCAAAAAGGGGAAUCUCAAUUCAGAUGCACUUCUUCGGGAUUACUUUAUGUAAAGUGGCAGGACACAAUGGAAGUUUUGCUGAUGAGUAACUGUCAUAAGCCCAAUUUGACAACAAUUAUCAAAAAGAGCAAAACCGGUGAACAACAAAAUAUCCAAUGUCCAGAGGCCAUAUCUUUUUACAGAAAAAAAAUGCAAGGGGUUGAUCGGGCAGAUCAAUUCAUUGAUUGGGCUAUAUGAUCAUGACCGAAAAUCAGCAAAGUGGUGGAAAAAGUUGAAAAGAGACGUAAAAAUGAGAAUAUUUCUUUUAUUUCUUUCCUCACCACACUUGCAGAAGAAUUAAUAUCUGAAGGUAUACAAAAUACAAGCUGACAUUACCAAAACAAGGCGCCCCUUCAAGAAAAAGAAAAUUAUAUGGUGCAUCAGCAUUACAUCUUCCUGUGGAGGGAUAGACAAGAAGAUCUACUAGAUGUUCUGAAGAGAAAAAACAAACAAGAACAAAACUCUUUGCGAGUAGUGCAAUAUUCCAUUGUGCAAGUUCUGUUUUAUGUUGUAUCAUACCAAAUAGUUAUUUAGGUUCAUUUUCUUCUUUGCAAAGCUGUUUUUGUAUUUUUUUCUAAAUUAAU